GCACCUAGGAUGAUCUUUCCCGACGCGAUCGUCUCCCGGAGACGUGCGAGUGCCUGCUCCCUGUUCAAUGGACGAGGCAUCUCUGAUAUGGUCUAGGACAAAGCUACGUCAUGUGCAGCGAGUGGCACUCCGACAUGCCGAUCCGCUGAACUACUUCGGUAGCAGCCAUGUCCUAUGUCAGCUGGGGUGCGAGUAUGACCCGACAUAGAUGGAAUGGCUGCUACGAUUCUCAUGCCUUCCCCACUGGAGUCCGCGCUAUGCAAUCCGAACUUCCAGCUGAACCCGGAAAGCCAUGUCGACGUCGUCCCCCACCGUUCUCCUCAUCGGAACCUGCGACACGAAGCUGAACGAGCUCAUAUACGUCCACGACAAACUCGUGGACGAGCAUAACGUGCAGUGCAAGCUGGUCGACGUAGGCAGGAACUCUUGCUCUCAUCCGUCCAUUGCGUACACGCAAGCCGAUAUUUUCGCCUACUCAGGCUUACCUGCGCCUCCGGACCUCAAAGUUCUCCCUCGUGGGGAGCUUAUCUCAACUAUCAUACAGCACACUAUCCCUUUGGUUUCGUCGCUACAUCAGAAGCAAGCGAUACACGGUGCUAUUGGGUUGGGCGGAAGCGGCGGGUCGUCCCUCUGCGCAGAAGUCAUGCGCGCUGCUCUUCCGCUCGGCUUCCCGAAACUCAUCGUGAGUACUGUCGCUGGUGGCAACGUACAGGCGUACGUCGGCGAAAGCGAUGUCACCAUGAUGCACAGCGUGGUGGAUAUCGCAGGGUUGAACGACAUCCUGUCUCCCAUCCUGGAGAACGCGGCCGGUGCGAUUGCGGGUAUGGCUCGCGCCGAACAAUCCCGCCUCGUUCACUCGGCAUCGUCUCCGACGACUGGGAUGAUCCGUAUGACCCCUGGGGACAAGCGCAUCGCGAUCACUAUGUUCGGGGUGACCACGCCCGCGGUGACCUACGCCCGAGAGCUGCUCUCCGCCUAUCCUUGCACCACCUAUGUCUUCCAUGCGACCGGUGCCGGUGGGAGGGCGCUCGAGAAGCUUGCAGAGUCCGGAUUCUGGUCCGGUAUCCUUGACCUCACAACGACCGAGCUCGCGGAUGCCUUGCUGGGCGGCGUCCUGAGCGCGGGAGACAGACGGCUUACUGCCGCAGCCGCUGCUCGGAUCCCGCAAGUCGUGUCAGUGGGUGCGCUGGACAUGGCGAACUUCGGGCCGAUGGAUACUGUCCCGGCAAAGUAUCAGAGCCGGAACCUCUUCAAACACAACCCGAGUAUGACGCUCCUGCGCACGUCGCCAGAGGAUUGUCGGAUCCUUGGGAGGCAGGUGGGCGAAAGGCUGAAACAGGCGGACCCACGUAUCACAGAGAUCUGGAUACCAAGGAGGGGCGUGAGCGCGCUGAGCGUCGAGGACGCACCGUUCUGGGACCCGGAGGCAGACGAGGCGCUGUUUGCAGCGGUGAAUGACGGCCUCGAUGGAAGCGAAGUCCGGGUCGUGGACGUUGACAAGGAUAUCAACGAUGGGAAGUUCGUAGAAGGCGUCGUGUACAAGCUGGUGGAGAUGAUGGGAAUGUCACGGAUGGGCGGUCAGUAGAUCGCCACUAGCGCAAGUUACGUGGAAUGAUAUGUCUUGUCAACAUAACGCACCUCAUUCGUUGUACUGUCGCUCCGAUUAGCUGCGAAUUGUGAUGAUUGAAGGCCUUGCAAGCGCGUCCCGAGAACAGUGAGCGCGUAGCCCCAUCGCGAUGAAUGGUUUCAGCGCUGUGUUUCACUUUAAUGUCAGCCAUUGUUCUACAAAGCUUGUAGAUUGCUGUGGGCGGUACGUCAGAACCACGGAACGAAUUUGAUUCCAAUGGCAGUUGUCAAUUUACCUUCAUUUCCGCUUGUGCUACGCAACUUGAAGGCUCGCGGCGCUGAAUCGUGAUCGGGGCGUUAGUAGUGCAUAUCACCGCAAGCAUGGACGCGCUCUUUGAG